AACCGAGCUUAGGCUCAAAAAAUGUCAACUUGUAUAUAAGCCUGACCCAAAAUCCGAUUAAAAAUGAAUAGAAUUUAGGCGUGAGGGCCGGCCCAUGAUCAGAUUCUCAGAACACCCGGAAAGAGGCACCGACUCAGAAGCAAAUUGAAAAUUCUGGAAUUGGGAAUUCCCUCUUCCUUCUCCUACGAGGAGCAACAGGGAGAAUAAAAUAGAAGGCUUUACGGGAGGAAGAUAGAAGACUGACAAGAAGGUGGUGGUAGAGAGUAGAGAGAGGAAGCGAUGCCGAUAGAGAUGCCGAAGGGGCUGCCGUUCUCGGUGGAUACGUGGACGGCGGCCUCCCGGCGGAAGCGGUACCAUUUCCUGACCCACGCCCACCGUGACCACCUCGCCGGCAUCGCCUCCAACUCCUCCUACCCCAUCUACGCAACCCGCUUCACCAAGUCCCUCGCCCUCCGCCAUUUCCCACAGCUCGAGGAUUCGUUGUUUGUGGAAAUUGAGGUCGGGAAAUCGGUGGUUAUGGAUGACCCGGACGGCACGUUCUCCGUCACCGCAUUCGAUGCCAAUCACUGCCCCGGAGCUGUCAUGUUCUUGUUUGAAGGUGAAUUUGGUAACAUAUUGCAUACCGGGGAUUGCAGGCUCACUACUGAUUGUCUACAGUAUUUGCCUAUCAAGUAUAUAUCUAAGAAAGGAAGAGAAACUUUAUGUCAUCUGGAUUACCUAUUUCUUGACUGCACUUUUGGUAGAUGCUCUCUUAAGUUUCCAAGCAAGCAAGCAGCUAUCCAGCAGGUGAUAAACUGCAUAUGGAAGCAUCCACAUGCACCGUUUGUUUAUCUUGCAUGUGAUCUUCUUGGCCAGGAAGAGAUACUUGUCGAAAUAUCUAGAACAUUUGGAUCAAAAAUAUUUGUUGACAAGACAAACAAUUCAGAUUGUUUGCACUCUCUUUUUCAUGUUGCACCAGAAGUCCUUUCACAAGAUGCUUCUUCUCGCUUCCAGGUGAUUGGUUUUCCAGGGCUAUAUGAGCGAGCAAGUGAAAAAUUUGCAGAGGCACGAGCUGCUCUUCAGCCUGCACCUCUUUUUAUUCGUCCCUCUGCUCAGUGGUAUGCAGGAAAUGAUUGGCUGGAUAUGACUCAAAAGCAAAAGCCAAGCCUUGUAGAAGCGGAGAGGGAUGAGUUUGGAGUUUGGCAUGUGUGUUACUCCAUGCACUCAUCCUGGGAAGAAUUGGAAUGGGCCUUGCAACUUGUUCAGCCCAAGUGGGUUAUAUCUACGACCCCACCUUGCCGAGCCAUGGAACUGGACUAUGUCAAGAACCAUUGUUUUAAAACUCAUUUAACCCCUGAUGACCCGCUGUGGAAACUGUUCAAAAUCCCUCCAGGGAAGUCUACUUCUUUGCCACCUUUCACAACUAAAGAGGUCUUGAAGAAUAGUAUUGUUUCCACUUCUGCUGUCGAAGUUUCAUCUACUGCAGACUGCAAGCAGCUGGAGCUUAAAGACUUGAAAACAGAUCAUUUGGAACUGAAAUUGAACUUGUCUCCACCAUCUAGAGCACAACCUGUUACAUUGUUUGGAAGAGCACGUCUUGGAAUCCAAGAUCCUGAUAUAUUUAAUGGGAAGAAAUCUGCAUGUGCCAAGGCCAAUGAUGAAGAAGAAAUUUUAUCCAAGCAACAAAUUAUUGUUGUAGAGCAAGCAUCAUCUUUACAGAACAUUGCAGUUGCCAUGCAGCGGUCAUCCCCAUGGGAGGACACGGCUGCUGAGGAAGUAUCAUCCAUAAUUAAGGACAACAUUGCUGAACCAGGUAUUGAGAAUUCAGGAGAUGCUGAUUGUAAAGGGGAUAUGUCAUGGAUUGGAUCUUCCAGGACUAUGAGAAGUGUGGAACCCAGUAUUGAGAAAUUCGAAGAAGCUGAUGUUAAAAAGGAUAUGUCAAUCAUUGGAUCAUCAAAGAGUUUAAAUGGAUCUUCCAGGACUAUGAGCAAUGCGGAGCCCAGUAUUGAGAAAUUGGAAGAAGCUGAUGUUAAAAAGGAUAUGUCAAUCAUCGGAUCAUCGAAGAGUUUAAAUGCAAGCUUGAGGAAGCUGUACAGAUCAAUGAAUGUCCCAGUUCCUCGACCACUUCCAUCAUUGAUUGAACUAAUGCAAACAUCUAAACGAGUAAAGAUCUGCUCCGAUUCCAGUAAUAAGAGAAUGAAUUAUUGCUAGAAUUUACUGGACUUCUUGCCUUUGUGAAAAGGGAAAUAUGAUGAGGAAGAAGCGAUCCCAAGAAAGAUAUUCUUGAUCAUGUUAGUGUUCAUGAUCCUAUUCUUGUCAUUCCUUUUCUAAAAUUCAGUUCUUUCCAGCACAGAAGAUUUAUUUGUAUUUCAACCAAAAUUUGAGUGUUUUUAUAGUCCAUUGAGAAUGUUCAGAUUUUAGAAAGUUGAGAACGCUUCAGUUGAUUGACACAAAAAUAAUACAUAAAUAUUUAUUUUACCAUGAAAAAA